UGACCAUAGAUUUUGAGGGGCUCCCAGAUCUUACAGCCCCCCUCCAGCUCUCCUUCAAACGCUCUGCUUGCUUAAACCUCUCUGCUGCUGCAGCAACAACCUUAUCCUCUCAUUCCACCUCUGCCUCCUCCUCCUCCUCCUCCUCCUCCUCCUCCUCCUUCUCUUUAUGUAAAUUUUGUAACUUUCAGUUCCUUUUGCCCUCUUGGAGCUUAAUUUAAGACAGAAAUCUAUUUGAAAGCUUUAGAGGAGGAGAGAUGGCUCCCAAGGCUGGGAAGGUUAAGGCGCAUAGAGUCAAAGGCGAGAAGAAGAAGAAGGAAGAGAAAGUGUUGCCGGCGGCGGUGGAUGUCAUCGUCGAGACGCCGGAUUACUCGCUGCUCACCCUCAAGGGUAUAUCGACGGAUAAGAUACUUGACGUCCGUAAAUUAUUGGCCGUACACGUGGACACUUGCCACUUAACCAACUUCGCCCUUUCCCAUGAGACACGAGGAGACAAGUUAAAGGAUACGGUGGAAGUUGUCUCACUAAAGCCAUGCCAUAUUACUAUCGUCCAAGAGGAGUAUACGGAGGAGCUCGCCGUCGCCCACAUCCGCCGACUGCUCGACGUCAUAGCCUGCACGACCGCGUUCGGCGCUUCUCCGGAGAGGAAUGGAGGACCAGCAAGUCCUCCUACUGCAGGUGGAGAUGGAGGGAAGGGCGAUACGCGCCCCGGCGACGCUGCGAGGUCGGGCGAGACAAACGGGGAGGAAUGUAAAGACGAAGCCGAUGGCAUUGCCGGGAGAAAGAAGGUUGAUUUCAUAUCCUCUACGGUUAACGUACACAAGGACGAUCCGUUGUACCCUCCCCCCAAACUCGGGCAAUUCUACGAGUUCUUCUCGUUCUCCCACCUUACUCCGCCGCUCCAAUAUAUAAGGAGGACUUCGCGACCAUUUGUGGAUGAUAAAAAGGAAGAUAACUUCUUUCAGAUUGAUGUGAAGAUUUGCAAUGGGAAACUUGUGACCAUAAUCUCUACGAAAGAUGGGUUCUAUCCCUCUGGAAGAAGGUCUCUUAUAAGUCAUUCUUUAGUUUACUUGUUGCAGCAAAUAAGCCGAGCUUUUGAUAGUGCAUACAAGUCACUGAUGAAAGCUUUCGUUGAGCACAAUAAGUUUGGAAAUCUUCCAUAUGGAUUUCGAGCAAACACUUGGGUGGUUCCUCCAAUAGCUGCAGAUUUUCCAUCAAUUUUUCCUCCUCUUCCUACAGAAGAUGAAACUUGGGGUGGUAAUGGCGGCCAGGGGCGUGAUGGCAAGAAUGCUGAGAGGCCGUGGGCCAAAGAAUUUGCAAUCCUUGCAGCAAUGCCUUGUAAAACAUCUGAGGAAAGGCAAGUCCGUGAUAGGAAGGCUUUCCUUCUUCACAGCUUAUUCAUUGAUGUCGCUGUUAUCAAAGCUGUCGAGGCUAUUCAACAACUAAUCAUCAAGAACAAGUGCUCAAAUGAAUCACCAUAUGGUCCCUCCGCUGUAAUUUUACAUGAAGAACAAAUCAGAGAUCUAAGAAUUACAGUUACAAAGGACAAUGCUGAUGCCAGCUCUAAAAUGGAUGUUAAAUUGGACAGAAUUCAAGCCCCAAGAAAGUCUUCUAAGGAUAUUUGUAAACGAAAUUUACUAAAAGGAAUCACUGCAGAUGAGAGUGCAACUGUUCAUGAUACUGCCACCCUAGGUGUAGUGGUGGUUAGACACUGUGGUUAUACUGCUGUUGUCAGAGUUCCAGUCAAUGCUGGUUCAGGUGAAAGUCCCUUGAUUGAACAAGACAUUCAUAUUGAAGAGCAGCCUGAGGGAGGUAGUAACUCUUUAAAUGUCAACAGCUUGAGAAUGCUUUUGCACAAGUCCUCAUCAUGUGGAGCCCAGAAAUCCCAUUGUACAGACAUGGAGGAUUUACACUCUUUCAGGUCCUUGGUGCUAAAAGUAUUAGCAGAUAGUAUGCUGAGGUUAGAUGAAGAAACUAAAGAACGGAAAAUGCCAAUUAGAUGGGAACUAGGGGCUUGCUGGGUGCAGCAUUUACAGAAUCAAUCGGAGAAUACUGAUUCCAAUAAAUGUAAAGACAGCAUAGUUGAAACAACCGUAAAAGGGCUCGGUAAACAUUUUGGUCAAUUAAAGCAGAUAAAGAAGAAGGUUCAGGAUAAUGGGGGAACUGAUUCUACAAAUGAAAACUCUACUCCUAGCAUGGGCUUGAUUAAGGAACACGUGGAUGGUUUUAAACUUAAGGAAGAUAAGGAAAUGAUGCUACAAAAAUUGCUUCCUGAAGCAGACUACAUACGCCUCAAAGAAUCUAAUACUGGUCUUCAUGUCAAGUCACCAGAUGAGCUGAUUGAGAUGGCAUUCAAGUAUUAUGAGGAUAUUGCACUGCCAAAGUUGGUAGCAGAUUUUGCUUCACUCGAACUUUCUCCUGUUGAUGGUAGGACGUUGACAGAUUUUAUGCAUACCAGGGGGUUGCAGAUGUGUUCACUUGGACGUGUGGUUGACCUUGCAGACAAGCUCCCUCAUGUGCAGUCCCUUUGUUUGCAUGAGAUGAUAGUUCGAGCUUAUAAGCAUAUACUUCAAGCUGUCAUUGCAGUUGUUGGUGACAUGUCUAACAUGGCUGGGACCGUCGCAUCUUGUUUAAAUGUAUUGCUUGGAUCAGUGCCUGCAGAUAAUGCAGAUAUUUACUUGAGCAAUGACAUCUGUCUCAAAAAUAAGUGGCUGGAAACUUUCCUAUUAAAGCGAUUUGGGUGGAAUUUGAAAGAUAAGGACCGCAAGGACUUGAGGAAGUAUGCAAUUCUACGUGGUCUUUGCCACAAGGUAGGACUUGAGCUAGUACCAAGAGACUAUGAUUUUGAAACUCCACAUCCUUUUAGGAAAUCAGACAUUGUGAGCAUGGUUCCUGUAUACAAAGUAAGGAUUUGUAGCUUUAGAUAUUAUCUUGUCUUAUUUUCUGUAAGCGAUUGUUCUGACUUGAAAUUGCAGCACGUUACCUGUGCAUCAGCUGAUGGACGCACUUUGCUGGAGUCAUCUAAAACUUCUUUAGAUAAAGGAAAACUGGAGGAUGCUGUUAAUUAUGGGACCAAGGCGUUAGCAAAACUAGUUGCAGUAUGUGGUCCAUACCACAGAACGACGGCAGGUGCAUACAGUCUUUUGGCUGUAGUUCUCUACCAUACUGGUGACUUCAACCAGGCAACCGUCUAUCAACAAAAGGCUUUGGAUAUUAAUGAAAGGGAACUAGGUCUUGAUCAUCCAGAUACAAUGAAAAGCUAUGGUGAUCUUGCCGUUUUCUACUAUCGUCUUCAGCAUACAGAACUGGCACUGAAGUACGUUAAUCGUGCAUUGUACCUAUUGCACCUGACUUGUGGCCCUUCACAUCCUAACACUGCUGCAACUUACAUAAAUGUGGCUAUGAUGGAAGAGGGGUUAGGUAAUGUGCACGUUGCUCUUAGAUACCUACAUGAGGCAUUGAAAUGCAACCAGAGACUACUUGGAAGUGAUCAUAUACAGACUGCAGCUAGUUAUCAUGCUAUUGCCAUUGCUCUGUCUUUGAUGGAAGCUUAUUCUUUAAGUGUCCAGCAUGAGCAGACAACUCUCCGCAUCCUUAAAGCAAAGCUUGGAUCAGAAGAUCUACGGACACAGGAUGCUGCUGCAUGGCUUGAGUAUUUCGAGUCUAAGGCUCUCGAGCAACAGGAAGCUGCACGAAAUGGUACUCCAAAGCCUGAUGCUUCCAUUGCUAGCAAAGGUCAUCUGAGUGUGUCUGACCUUUUAGAUUAUAUCAACCCUGAAGCAGAACAAAAAUCCAGAGAACUUCAAAAGAAGCAAGCCCUUGCAAAGAUAAAAAGCAGAAAUGAACAAAACCAAUUUGACACUGUUGAGAUUGACGACGACCAGGUUGAUAUGCCAAAGCAGGAAUGGGUGGCAACCAAUGACAAGGAAAACAACUCCUACAUUCAUCCACCCAUGGAGUUUAAGGAUGAGAAGCCCAAUAUCGUCGUCAUUAAUGUGUCAAGAUCGAAUCCAGAGGAGGAUGCCAUGGAGGAAUAUUCAACUGAAGAAGGAUGGCAAGAAGCUUUCUCAAAGGCACGAUCUCUCGCAAACCAAAAAUCUGUAUCAAGGAGACCUAGUUUGGCGAAAAUCAAUACAAAUUCGCUGAACAAUGUAGAAAGUCCACGAUAUCGAGCUAGAACUUCCCCCAACAUUUCUUCUCCUGGAACACCAGCAAAUGAUGAUAGUAUGCCUGCUGCUACUAGCCCUGCUUCAAAGAAGUUCAUCAAGAAUUUAAGCUUCAAUCAGAAAGCAAGCAACAUUCCUGUUUCAAUGGAUGCAGAUCCUGCCACCACUGCUAUGGCUCCCAAUUCAGUUUCUUCGCCAAUUGCAAACACUAGUCCCUCGACAAGGAAAAACUUAUCAUAUAAAGAUGUGGCAUUGGCUGCUCCGGGAACUAUCAUCAAGGUCGCAGAUAACCACGAUAUGGAAAUGUCACACGCUAUAAGAGAACAAACAAACUAUGGUUCUAAAGGGGAGAUGAGCAAACAUAAAAAUAUUGAGGGAUGCAAACAUGCAUCUACUCAUGGAGAGUCUGAUGGCUCUGUUGUGGAAGGAGAUAGCAAGGAGAAAAUGAAUUCUAUUGUGGUAGAAACAUCUCUGCAGGAGACAAGUCCUGUUGUGGAAGAAAAAGAUAGCAAGGAAGCUCCUGCAGUGCAAGAAUCUUGUAAAAUAUCAGUGAUAUGCCAUGAAGUGAAAGAAUUAGAAUUAAGAGCAUCUGCUUCAGAUGGAACUGCUGCUAUGCACGAACCUGAUGUCCCUGGUUCCACCGAAGAAGUGAGCAAUGUAGGUGAGGAGAUGCAGGAACUAGUAUCAAGUGGAUGUGAAAGUGAGCCAAUAAAAGAGAAGAACAAUGAGACAGCCAAAGAGCCCAUCAGCAAACUUUCUGCAGCUGCAGCGCCAUUCAAUCCAUCCACAAUACCAGUUUUUAGCUCAGUUCCCUUGCCAAGCUUCAAAGAUCAUGGAGGAAUUUUACCACCUCCUGUAAGUAUUCCUCCCAUGGUGGUAAUUCCUGUUCAUAAGCAUCUCCACCAGUCUGCCACAUCAAGGGUGCCCUAUGGCCCACGGAUAACUGGGGGUUAUAACCAUUCAGGUUAUCGCAGUCAUCGGAACAAACUGCCAUUUCAGAAUGGUGAAUUGGCUUCUCAGGAUGGUAACUCAUUGAGUCCAACAAUGAAUCCUAAUGCCGCCGAAUUCGUUCCUACCCAGCCAUUGAUUCAGAGCAACUACCCAGUGUCCCCAAGCGGCUCUCAAGCAUCAGCAAACAAUAUUUCACUCUCCCCUCAAUGUUUACCUUCAUCACCAGAAAGUUUGAUGGAAUCAACAACUCCAGUUUCUGCCUCUGAGUCACAAAGUGAGGAAGCUGACAAUAUCACUAAAGUUGAGCAAUCUACAGAAGGUACAGAUGCUACUAUCAACGCUGAACAGAUUACUCCUGAACAAGAGACUCCUGAACAGAUUACUAUCUCUGAUGACCUUCAACUAGCAGAUAAUGCACCAGAAUCAGCAAGGUCUAUCGACAAGCAAAAAUGUUGGGCUGACUACAGCGACAGCGAAACUGAUGUUGAGGUUGUGGGUUGAAGACAAAGGGGCAUGGUCUUAAGCGAGAAUAAGUUGAUGCUGGCUAUGAUCAACCUACAACUCGGACCUUUGCUUCUCCUCUAGAUUAAGCAUCAAAAAAGGAGAAAUUGCCAUGGAAGCUAAAUUCUUAAUGAAACUGAAAACAAGGCUUAUCAUUAACGUUAAUCCUUGCUAGCCCUGUUCCAGAAUAAGUGAUGUUUAUGUACUUCGAUAGAAUUGACUUAUGUACCUUGAGGAACCCGGCUCAUGUUCAUAACUAUUAUUUUCUCCAUAAUUGAAGAAUGUGAGAAAUAAAAUUCAAUUCUAAUUCCA